CUAAAACGUCCCCAUUCCAUAGAACGACAACGCUGCAACUCAAAUGUAAUCAUCGAAUAAGCAUCGUUUUUGGUCUUCGGUUUGUUGCUUAUGCAUGAGAAGUUACACUGCUUAGAAGUCACUGUACUUUCAUUGUAGUCAAAAUAUUUGUCUCUGUACUGUGAGUUUGUUGCUGCGACCCCAGAGUGACCAGGUUAUCCACGAGUCUGGGUUGGAUGAGAACUGGAGUGGGAGUGUUUGUGAUGUUGAACUGAUGAGCUGACGGUAACGUUUGAAAAUGCGGGACUCGGCGGUUCUGUGGCUGAUCCUCUUCAGUCUCGCGUCCUGGUCUGCUUCGGAGGUCAACUUUCAGCAGAAAGACGCGACAGCUGAUAGCCCCGUCCCCAUCAGUAACCACACCGAUGAUGACGGCACUCCAGGGACAGCUGAGUUACAAGCGCUUCCUACCCACCAUCCAGCAAACUACAGGGACUCACAUCAUACGGAUGACGGACUGAUAGAACAUACUGCAGACAAUCAAUUGUGGAUUUCUCCAAACGAUGAGUCAUUUGAUACUAAACGACCGGAUUCACACGCCGUCGGGAAGAAGAGGAGCAAAAGAAGAGCAAAAAAGAAAAAAAAGGGAGGAAAGGAUAAAAAGAAAAGCAAGAAGGGAGGAAAUGGUGGAAAGAAAAGCAAGAAGGAGGCAAAGGGAGGAAAGGGUGGAAACAAAAGCAAGAAGGAGGCAAAGGGAGGAGGAGGAAAAGACAGAAAACGAGGAGAAGGAGGAGGAAAAGGAGGAAAGGGUGGAAGGAAAAGCAAGAAGGGAAAAGGAGGCGAGGAAACGGAAGGGGAAGAGCCUUCAAAGAGGCAAAAGAAGAAAAAGAAGCAGAAGAGUCGCGAGGUUGAGGCCGAAGAGGAAGAGUUGGAACCCACUGAAGAGGAGCUUGAAACUGAAGGAGAAGGAGCAAACGGCAAGAAAGGAAAAGAUGAUGGAAAGAAAGGAAAGGGUGGAAGAAAAAGCAAGAAGGGAAAAGGAGGCGAGGAAACGGAAGGGGAAGAGCCUUCAAAGAGGCAAAAGAAGAAAAAGAAGCAGAAGAGUCGCGAGGUUGAGGCCGAAGAGGAAGAGUUGGAACCCACUGAAGAGGAGCUAGUCGAGGAACCAUAUCUUGCACAAGAAGAACAAAGUGUGGCAUAUGAGCUAAGUGAGUUGCAAGAACGGCAAAUUGAGGAACAGGAAGAACAGGACCUUAUACAAGAACAGCUUGAAGAACAAGAGAAGAUGAUUGAGGAAGACUAUGGCGUGCUGCAAGACAUAGAAGAUAGUCUACAUCUGGAGGCUAAGAAUGCUGAAAGUUUGAAAAACGAUCUUGAGGAAGAGCUGGAGUAUGAUUUAGAGAACAGCCUAGGCAACCUUGAAGAAGAAGGAGAGAAAGAAGGAGACAAGGGGAAACGGAGAAAAAAGGAGAAGGAACGGGAAAAAAAGAAGAAAAAACGGGGAAAAAAGGAGAAGAAACAGAGGAAAAAGGAGAAGAAAGAGCUGGAGUAUGAUUUAGAGAACAGCCUAGGCAACCUUGAAGAAGAAGGAGAGAAAGAAGAUGAAGAAGGAAUGCCUGUCGAAGAGACUGCCGCUGCUGAAGAACAACAGAAGAAAAGUGAAACUGACAAGGGGAAACGGAGAAAAAAGGAGAAGAAACAGAAAAAAAAGGAGAAGAAACAGAGAAAAAAUGAGAAGAAAGUAAAGGAAAGAAAAACAGAUGAGAGGAAAGAUGCUCAGCGGAAGAAAGUGAAGACCGCGAAGGAACGAAAGGCGAAGAAAAAUGCCCGGCGGAAGAAAGUCGAGACCACGAAGGAACGAAAGGCGAAGAAAUCUCCCCAGGGAAUAUGGGGAGCUCCCGCGAAAUCUCGCAAUGCCAAGUUUUCCCCCAGGAUGCAAAAGAAAGAACGAAAGCAAAGAAAGAAGGCUUUAGGAUGGGGACUCGGACGGGGGAAAGGUGGCCGGCGAGACAGAGGCCAGCGGACGAAGCCUACAGGUGCUUUUGGUACGCGACAGCCCCCGGAGACAGGUAGAGUGAGAGGAGGCAGAAAGAAUCAAGCUGGACGUCAAGGCCGACGCCCCGGAGAAGUUUCUGCCAGGCGUCAGCGCAUAAAAAUACCUCGGACGAGACAACCGAAGCGCAAGAAGCCCGAACGUACUUUUGGCAGACGACAGCGCAAGAAGCCUGAACGUGGCAGACGACAGCGCACGAGGCCUGAAGGUACCAUCGGCAGACGUCAGCGCAAGAAGCCUGAACGUACUUUCGGCAGACGUCAGCGCACGAGGCCUGAAGGUACCAUCGGCAGACGUCAGCGCAAGAAGCCUGAACGUACUUUCGGCAGACGCCAGCGCACGAGGCCUGAAGGUACCAUCGGCAGACGUCAGCGCACGAGGCCUGAAAGUACUUUCGGCAGACGUCAGCGCACGAGGCCAGAAAAUGUUCCCGGCAGACAUCAGCGCACGAGGCCUGAAAGUACUUUCGGCAGACGUCAGCGCACGAGGCCUGAACGUACUUUCGGCAGACGACAGCGCACGAGGCCUGACCGUACUUCCGGCAGACGACAGCGCACGAGGCCUGAACGUACUUUCGGCAGACGACAGCGCACGAGGCCUGACCGUACUUCCGGCAGACGACAGCGCACGAAGCCCCGCAGACGACAGCGCACGAGGGGAAACAACCGGCCAUCAAGGUGGCCGACUUGGCCCUGAAGCCACUGUAAAGGAGAUGGCAGACUACAGAAAAUCCGGCUAAGAUAUAAGCCUAACAAUACAACAUCUAGUGCAUGUUACAACCAAUUUUAGCACCCAGUCAUACACAGACGAGAAAGAUCACAUAUAGUAGCUCGUCCUUAACUUGACAAUGUGAUAUUUUAGUAAGAAACGACAUUUAAACAAGUCAUCCCCGAUCGUUUAGGUCAUUUAAUCUGCACUUUUAGCAGGAACGUGUGGCAUCAGCAAUGCGUCAAAGUUUCUUCAAAGUCGUUAUCGCCACCUGUACCCAAACCUACAUCUUUUAUCAAAUUUAACUCUGGUCGUAAAUCAGAUAAAAAGCCAUGUGCUGCAGUAAGGUGUUAGACUUGCCGUAGAGACUUGGUCAAAGGAACGAAGUUUCUAGACCGAAAUAACUAUAUUUGUAUCUACACAUCAAAGUCACAACAUUCAUUGUACCAAAAAUGUAAACAAACUAAGAUGUGUCGAGAAUCCGUGAAAGCAGUCUUAACUACCCUGACACUUUAUACACUACAUAGCAAUAAAUCUAAUUUGUCUGCCAUUUCGCUUA